AUGAUGAAAGAAAACAUAUGUCCACCAAUGAUAAUUAAUAUCAAUUCGAAAUGGAAACAAAAUGCAAUAACUAUUGCUGGAGGAAAUGGACAGGGAAGUGAAUUAAAUCAAUUAAAUCAGCCUUAUGGUAUGUAUGUUGAUAAUGAUGAUCAAUGUAUUUACAUUGCUGAUGGUGGCAAUCAUCGUAUUGUUAGAUGGGAAUUUGAUGCAGCCAAUGGUCAAAUAGUUGCGGGUGGAAACGGAAUGGGAAGUGCAAUAAAUCAAUUGAAUUAUCCAAUGGAUGCAAUUCUUGAUAGAGAGAAAAAACAUCUCAUCAUUUGUGAUUAUGGCAACAUGCGAGUCGUGCGAUGGUCUCGCCAAAAUAGUCAGGAUCAACAAAUAUUAAUACCUUUUAUUGGUUGCUGGGGUUUAGCAAUGGAUAAUAAUGGAGAUCUUUAUAUUUCUGACAUGGAAAGACAUCAAGUCAGACGUUGGCAAGAAGGAGAUAGAGAAGGUACAAUUGUAGCAGGUGGGAAUGGACAAGGAAAUCAGUUUAAUCAACUCAGUAAUCCUACCUAUAUUUUUGUCGAUGAAUAUUAUUCAAUUUAUGUAGCGGAUACUAGAAAUAAUCGUGUGAUGAAAUGGAUGAAAAAUGCAGCUGAAGGCAUUCGUAUUGCUCCAACGCAAGUUCCUGAAGAAAAUCCUGGUUCAAUGGUUGGUCCCACUGGUGUGAUUGUUGAUCAUAUGGGUAAUAUUUAUGUGUCGAAUAUGGGAAGUCAUCAAAUAACCCGAUGGUCGCCAGAUGAAAUGGAAGGUGCGCCUGUCGUUGGUAAGAAAGAAGAUGGAAGUGGAUCCACGCAACUCAGCUAUUCAUAUGAUUUAUCAUUUGAUCGAUAUGGUAAUCUUUAUGUUGUCGAUACAGAAAACAAUAGAAUACAAAAAUUUAUUAUUAAUCUUGACUGA